AUGACGAACAAUGUAGGAAUAAUAUCGAAUGAAAUGCUUUCUUUAAAAUGCUGUUCCAAACAUAAUAAUAUUUCAAACAUAAUUUUAAAUUGUUUUUUUAAUAACAAUUACAACAAAUUUGGAUUUAAAUUUUUUUUUCACUCAUUUGAAAAUAUUAACAAAAAAUGGAAAAACAAAAAUAAAUACAAAAAUUAUAUUUUACUCGUGAAAAAAAACAAACUACAUAAUAAUGCACACAUUGGAUAUGAUGUGAAUUGGAGAAUAAAUAAAAAAUAUACAAAUAUAGGUCCAAAUAAAUAUGGUGUAAAUUUUAGUAGCCAUAUUGAUGAAUUGUUUGAUAAUAAACAAAAUGGAAUGGAAAACAGCACAAUGGUAACUGAUAAAUUUAUUAGUAAAAAGUUUAAACAAAAUAGCAAAAAAAAUGGAAAUUAUGAUAGUAAUAAACUUACAUAUCGAAUGAAAAAUGCAAAACAUGUAGAACAACACAAUGAAGAAAUAAAAAAUGAAAAUGUUAUACGCGUUAAUAAUUUAUGUAAAAAAAUUUAUGAUAUAGGUAAUAAUGGUGUAAAAAAUAAAAAAGAAUGGAUACAGUAUUUAAUUGAAUAUUGUAAAGAAGAAAAAAAUUACAAAUUUAUAAAAAACAAGGAAAUGUUUAUGUUAUUAAUUGGAUUAAGUAAAUUAAAAGGGAAAAUAAAUAUUAUUCAUUAUAAAGUGGAAUGUGAAAAUAGGGAAGAAAAUAAGAUGGUACACAUUCAUGAUAUUAUUGAUAGACAUAUUGAAGUUUUAUCGAAAAAAAUAAAUGAAAUGACAAAUAAACAAUUGAGUAUAUUUUUAUAUAUUCUUGAAAAAUGGGAAAAUAUGGAAAAACAUAAAGAAAUUGUAAAUAUUAUUAAUGAUAAAAUUUUAAAAAAAAAAACUUUUAAAAAAUUAAAUGUUCGAAGCUUUUGUAACGUUUUAUAUAUUUACUCAAAAAAAUACGAAAUGGAUAAAAAUGAUAGUGAAAAAUAUGAUAUAAUAAAUUUUCAAAUAAAUAAAUUUAUAAAAAAACUUAGUAAAUCAAAAUGUUCUGUAGAAGACAUGUUAUUAUUUAUUUCGUCUAUAGACAAAUUAAAAAUAAAAAUAACAAAAAAAUGUAUGAUAGAAAAUGUUGUAAAAGUUUUAAAUGACAAUAUACAGGAUGCAAACUAUUUUAUUAUUCCAUCUCUUUUGUUAUAUUUGUCAAAUUUAAAUAUUUAUAAUGAAGAAUUAUAUUUAAAAUUAAAAAAUAUUAUAUUAGAAAAUUAUUAUUUUUAUAAUUCUAUACAUUUAACAAAUAUAUUUUAUGCCUUUUCAAAAUUCAAACCCGAUUUUGUGCAUGAGUUCUUUGACACAUUGUCACAUUAUAUUAUGCAUACAUUUUUAAAAGAAAAGGAAAAAGAUAAUGAAAUAUUAGAAGAAUAUAAUCAAUAUAUUUUAAAGAAUACUCAAAUUAAUAAAAAUAACUUUUUGAAAUAUGAUGAAAAAAUGUUUAAUAUUUUUCAAAUAACAAAUAUAAUAAAUAGUUGUAUAAAAUGUGAUUAUAUAAAUUACAAUUUUUUUCAUGAUUUGAUUUUAUCAUCAAAAAAAAUUCAAGAACAUUCCUUGGAUAAUUUUAUUAAUUUUUUUAAAUCCAUAUCAAAUAUUUUGAAAACUUUUAGUGUACAUAUGUAUAAAUAUAUUAUAUAUUUUUAUACUAUCGAAAAAAUGGAAUGUGUAAAAAAUAAUAUUCAGUAUAUUCGCAGUUACAAUUCAUAUAUAAAUGAAAAAAUAAAUCCAAAAGAACCAGAAAUAAAUAUACAUAAUUAUAAAGAAAGUAUUGAAAAUUAUUAUUAUGAUAAAGAAAAAUUGUUAAACGAAAAACAAACUGUUUAUUUAUAUCCAUUGAUGGAAAACCGUACCUAUUAUAAAAAAGUAUAUGAAUAUUUUACAAACAAUUGUGUAAUAAGGAAUUUAUUUUUCAUAGAACGAUAUAAUACCUUUGAGGGUAUAGAAAAGAAUAUGAAAAUAAAAACAUCAAAUUAUACAGAAGAUGUUACACAAACUUCAAAUAUAAAAUUAAUAAAUAUUUUUAAUAAAAUGAGAGAUAAUGUUUCUGAACAAAUAAGAAUUAUAAUUGAAAAUAAUUUAUAUGAUAAAAAUGUAAAAUAUAUUUUACAUAAUUUAAUGAUUUUUAUGUAUCAAAGUGAAAUAAAAUAUAUUAAUUUAUAUACAUUAUGUAUAUCUAUUAUGGAAAAAAAUUUAUUUUUUUUUAGUAUCAAUAAUUUAUAUUUAUAUAUAAAAAUAUUUAACACAGCCAAAAUUUAUAAUUAUGAAAUUUUGUAUAAUGUUUUUGAAUAUAUAUAUAGUAAUUUUGAUAAAUUCGAAUUAAGGAAAAAAGCUAAAAUAGUUUUAUUAUACUAUGAUAUAUUUAAAAAAAUAAAUGAAAGCCAAAUGCAGUUAUUAAUAAAUUGUUUUUUAGAUAACAUUAAAUUUUAUGAAGAAAAUAAAAUUGACAUGUCCAUAUAUGAUCAAAAUAAACACAAAAUAAAUAAUUCUUGUGACAUAAAUAAUAAAUGGGUCCUUCCUACAAAUACAGAAUUAAAGCAAAAUGUUUUAAAUACGAAAAAAAAAUCAACAAGUUUAUUUGAUGAUAUAUAUAAUUUUGAGAACAAUGAUGAAAUAAACUUAAAUUAUUUUUUAAAUAAUAAAAUGGAUGUAAAAAAUAAAAAAACUAAUGAAUAUUAUAUAUCCUCUGAAAAAAAUGAAAAGGAAUAUUCUACUAUAACAGAUAAUAGUCAGUUAUUUUUGAAAAAAAUUGAACAAACAGAAGUCCUUUCAUUUAGUUUAGAUUUUGGUGAAUACAUAAAUUUUUUGGUUAUAUUGAUUUAUGAUAUAUCAAAUGAAAUAUUUGACAAUAAAAUGGAUGAAAAAAAAAGUACAAAAAUAUCUAUUAUUCCACUUAUUUCAAAGAAUGAAAAAAAUUUAAUUAAAAUAAAAAAUGAUGAGCCUGUCUUAGAAAAAUAUUCUGAGAUGAUAAAGCAAAAUCUGAAUAAUAGGAAAUAUUUAAUUAUUAAAAUUUUAUCAAAAAUUGCUGAUAUGGUAAAAAACAAAAAUAAAAUGUCGAAAGAAAACAGAAUAAAAAUUGAUGAAACAGAUUUAUACAUUGAUCAGGUUUUGUAUAUUUUGUAUUUCAUAAAAUUUUUGGACAAUGAUUUUUAUAGUAGCAUAAUGGAAAUCGAACAAAUUGAAAAAUUCGCAAAAAAUGAAAGCGUUAAAAAGGGAGACACUGAUAAGGAAAACCAAAAAUGUGCAACCUUGUUUGGCAGAACUUUAUUCGAAUUGAAAAAAGAAGAUAUGGAAUUUAUUGAUUCGGAUAAUAGAAAAAAAAAUAACGAAUCCAAAAUAUAUUAUGAUGAUUUAUUUCUUUAUGAAAACAAGAUAAAUUAUAGAUAUAAAUACCAAAGUGUUAAUGAUACUAUUAAAAAUAUCACUAAUAAUUUAAAAAAAGUGAAGUUUAAUGAAAUAACUAAUUUUGAUAAUACAAAUAAAUAUAGUUUUAAAAUAAAUAAGUUUUAUAAAUUAGAUACAUAUAUAAAUAUAGAUAUUUUAUUUAUUUUAGAAAAAAAUGGAGAACAAUUUUUUCAUUUUUUGAUAUUUUAUCCAUAUGAAUUAAAAAAAAUAAUUACAAAUAUAAAAAAAAAUAACAUAACAUUUAUACAUAGUUACGAUGAAUCUUUUUCUUUUUGUACAGAAAUUUUAUGCAUUUAUAAUUUUUUAAAAAAAAAAAAUCAAACAAAUUUUUCCUUCAGUAUUCUAGACACAACAUCAUUUGUUAAUUCUUCUGAAUGGGAAUGUGAAAAUGUGGAAAUAAAUAAAACUAUUAAAUUAAUAGAAAAAAAAAAGUCAAUUGACCCGUUAUUUAAUCAUGAUUUGGAUAUUCAAAAAUUGAAAAAAUUAUUGGAAGGAAUAAUUUCUCUGUGA